CGUUUCUCGGAACACAACCUCGUUUGCUGGGUGUGGAACCGGCAUCCGGCUUGAAGUCGUCGAUCCUUGCCCUCGAAAUCCCCGAUUUGCUGCUCUUGGUUGUUUGCCUCGCUCCCUGCCUUGGCAGAACCAACACCGAAUCCAUCCAUCCAUCCAUCCAUCCAUCCAUCACCAAGCGAACACAGAAACAAUCAAACACCCAUACACACACACUGUUAGACACCGCCGCAGCAUGCGAACCACCACUUCCCGAACCCCGGCGUCCGCUCCGUGCCGCCUUUUUGUGCUCUUGUGCGCGGUUUGCCUUGCCCCUUGUCCCCCGGCGGCGAUCCCCUGGCGUUCCGUUCCGGGGGCGGAGGCCUUUUCUCCGCCGCCUCGGAGGGAGGGCCGCCCCUGCGCGAGCGUCCAAACCCGGCCCCUCCCCGCGGCCCAAAACGAAAACGACGACGAACGGGGGGGAACGGAAACAGGCGCCUCCCUGUCGACCUACUCCGAUUCGGACGGCGCCUCGAAGGGCAUCGUCGGAUCCCUGACGGGCCUCGUCAACCGGGUUUCGGCGGCAUCGUCGUCGUCGUCGUCGUCGUCCGGGGCAGCCGGGGAAAACGAGAGGGCUUCCAAGGCGUCCGGGGAUGCCCCGCCGGCGUCGCCCGGUGAGCUGGUGGACCGGAUCCGGAGGGACUACGAGGAAAAGAACUACCUGUGGACCGGGGACCUCGAUCUGGGGUGUUUCCGCGAGGACUGCCUCUUUGCGGACCCGACGAUCUCCUUUGUGGGGAAAGACAAGUUCGUGGAGAACACCCAGAACCUCGUCCCCAUCGUGGAGGCCGUUGCGGAAGACUACCGGUCCGACCUCCUGUCCAUCUCGCUGGGCAGCCAGCGCAGGGACGGGAAGGAGUGCUCCUACGUCGAGACCCGGUGGAACAUGGUCGGGUCUCUCACGGCGUCGCCCUGCCUCUUUUGGAAACCGGGGAUCGACGUGAUCGGCCGGACCAGGUUCUGGUUCGAGAGCGACGAGAACGCCGGAAGGGGCGGGGGCGAGAGCGGAAAAACCGAAAGCGAAACCGCCCUAAGGGUGUAUUUCUACGACGAAUCGUGGGAGGUUCCGGCCUGGAAGGCCUUGCUGCAGAUUCUCACCCCGGCCGGGACCUUUCCGAGCACCAGCAGCAGCAGCAGCAGCAGCGGCGGCUGGAACGCUCUGGAUUCCGAGCGAUAGCGCAGGCACGAGCACAAUCGCACCAAACGAAUCAAACUACGAAACGCCGGAUGGUUGCAGAACGGGUGGCUGGACCGAAACAAUUGCCUUGCAUUGCAUCGAAAAAAAUAAAUGUUUCUCACCCAUCCAAUCCAAUCGUCCCGUGUCGGAACCUUGGGAAAGCCGGCACUCGCAUCGAACGGAGUGCAUCGGCACGGACGGAAUGCAUCGACUGCUUCAACGACGAAACGAAACCGGUCUGGCGGGAAGCAACGCGGCAACUUCCCGAAAGGCAGGUUUUCUAACAACAAACAAGGUCUGCGCUCGGUGGCGACCGGCACUUUGUGGUAGGAUGGGAUGGGAUGGGAUGCUACCCGUUGGUGUACAAAACAGCGGCAACUACUGUAAUUCCUUAAUCUUAGAAUUCCGUUUG